AUGGAGAUUAGCCAAGAUCCGAGGACCGGCGCGCAACAAAAGGGCAUCGUUUUUUGGACGAGAGCCCACAAAACAUUCCAUGAAAGGAAGAUGUUCGAGCCAUACCAAAUUACAAGCAACCGUGGCAUCGGCUCGAUUCAAAAAAGAUGGUUAUUCAUCCAACAAGAGUGCAACAAGUAUCAAGCUGCAUUUGAGAGCGUUGAAGCACGGCCCGUGAGUGAUCUCGGCAUUGGGGACACGGCAUUUCAAUCUUUCGAGGCAUUCAAGGCCCGGCACAAUGACAAGCCAUUCACUCUUACGCAUUGUUGGACGCUCAUCAACAAUUGCCCUAAGUUCAAGGACCAAUACCGUGAACUACAAAGGAAAAGAGGACUGAAGACGGCCAAGUUCGCCGGAGGUGGAGAUGGCGAGGCGUUGAAGAGGCCGAGGGGCAAGACCAACUCCAAGGUCGAUGACAUACGUGAUGCCUCAUCCAUGGCAGUGCAUGACACUUUGCAUGGCAUGCUGUCUCAAAAGGAUGUGAGGGAUGAGAAGAAGCGGCAAAGCAAGGACGAGCAAAUGAAGCAAUACCUAGACCUUCAAAGAAAGAAGCUUGAGAUGGAGGAGGCGGCCAAGAAGAGGAAGAUCGACAUGGAGGAGGCGGCCCGGCAAAGGCAACUCGACAUGGAGGAGGCGGCCCGGCAAAGGCAGCUCGACAUCGAGGCCGACAACGUCAAGGCCAGGCAGAGGCAGCUCGACAUCGAGGCCACCAAUGCCGCCACCAAAGCGAAGGAGGUGGCCCUUGCGAUCAUGAGCAUGGACUUGUCGAAGAUGAGCGAGAAGACGAGGGCCUGGUUCGAGGCCAGGCAGAAGGAGAUGCUCGACGCCGAAGGCCUGAAUUAG